AGAAGCACCACUUUAAUCUGUCAUAAUUGCGGGCUCGACCACAUCUUGUGACUGGACACCUGUCACUGGGGUUCUCUUGGGCGCACUUCCGGUAAGGCCAGUACUAUUUUCCUUAGGAUAGGACCCGUACUGGAUACACUGUCUCAUGAACUAAGGUGACUUUUUCUGGGCCAAAAUAUUUAGCUCACCUUGCCAGAAUGCACCUGAGUGUUGUGACUGUGUUGCUAUCUUGCCUCAUGGCAAGGACUCUGGGGUAUUCCUUUGGAGCGGUAGAAAUGGCGUGCCCCUCAAUGUUUCCACUGGGACAUCAUGGAACGGCACCGCAGACAGUACCAUCACCGUUUAUUAUCAAAGUAUCCGACACAAGCUAUUAUGAAAAGAAAAAGAUUACAGUGACGCUCGAGUCUCGAUGUAGCCACAUGUUCAAGGGCUUCCUCAUCCAGGCCAGGAGAGCUGACCCUCGCUAUGACCAGACAGAGUUCAUCGGGACAUUCACCCCCGUCAUGUUGACCCAGGGAGUCUGUGGACCGUCAGGGAACAGCGCCUUGACUCACAGCAACAACCAGACCAAGACCAGCCUAGACUUUGUGUGGCAAGCACCUGCUGGACUCAAUGACCAUAUCGUCUUUAGAGCGACAUUUGUUGAGAGCUAUAGCACCAUCUGGGUCAACGUGACCUCAUCCAUCGUCACGGGCAACCUGCAGAUUCACGUGCCAUUCCAGACCACGUGGCUCACAAGAAACAUGUAUCCCUGCUCUAUAAAGGACGCCCGCUUCACGAUGGACCCCCGGUGUGGGGACACCAUGGGCUGUUUCCACGACUGUGAGGCGCUGGGAGGGUGUUCCGUGCUGGUGUCGUGGCAGGACCGGGGAUGGCACGUCCCCACCAUCGACUUCACUAUCACCACCGUGCACCUCGGCCUCGGGGACAAGUGGGUCGCCCUGGGCUUCUCAGAAGACACCCAGAUGGGCUGGGACAGCGUCACCGAGUGUGUGGAGGUAGGCACCGGCAUCUUCUUUUAACCCUCCUACAACAUCGGCCACUCCAACAUCAGGAUAUCACAGUAUCCGGUUGGCCUGACUCCAGUUUCUGGUUCGGACAAGGACGGUAUCUUCCAAUGCUCCUUUCGACGAAAGAAGGUUCUGUCGGGCGAUGAUCGAUUUUACGACCUGAACAAAGAUUUCUACCUCCUCGUUGCCAGUGGUCGUGCGACCCCAGAGGGCAACAAGAUACAGCACACGUGGCGACCGUGGAUCUCCAGCGUCACCAUUGACCUCCAGAAACACACCAGUACCCACGUGAACACCCUGCCGGAGCAGCCACCGCGCCCACUGUCCAACCUUAAAACAAAGCUACAGCACUCACACCACACCCUCCCUCUUUAGCCCAGCCUCCAUACAUCAUGUAUUAAAUGUGAUUGACCCUC